UGAAUAUAAAGAAAUUCGACGCUUAAAAGUUGUCACAACAAAAAUGCAUCGUUUGAUACUACUUGGGAUAGUAAACAUUUCAUUGGCGUGGGCCGAUCUUUUGGUGGAUCUUCCAGAUGGCAGAAUUCUUGGAUCUAAAGUUCAAACCGAAAAUUACACCUACUAUGCCUAUCGAGGAAUUCCGUAUGGUACUCCUCCGCUAGGGGAGCUUAGAUUCCAGGCGCCGCUACCAAAUGAACCAUGGGAUGGAAUAUUGGAUGCUACCGAACACAGAAGUUGCUGUAUUGCGAUGACAAUGUUCACCGACUUAACGAAACAAAGCGAAGAUUGUUUGUUUCUCAAUGUUUACACACCAGCGCAAAAAAUUACAGAAAAAUUACCCGUCAUGUUCUGGAUACACGGUGGAGGGUUUAAGGCAGGAUGUGGAAAUGAUGAUCUGUAUGAUCCGUAUGCACUGACAAAUGAAGGCGUUAUAGUAGUCACGAUUAAUUAUCGUUUGGGAAUAUUUGGUUUUUUGUCUACCCAAGACGAAGUUGUUUUGGGAAACGCGGGGUUAAAAGAUCAGCUAUUAGCUAUGAAAUGGACACAAAAAAAUAUCGAGUUUUUCGGCGGGGACCCAGAGAAAGUUACCAUAUUCGGCGAGAGUGCGGGCGGAAUAUCUGUCGGAGCACACAUAGUGGGCGAGAAAUCGGCUGGGUUAUAUAGAGCUGCUAUUUGUCAAAGUGGAUGUUCGUUGACGAAAUUGACUUUUACAUCUCAAAGCAAUUCCAAAAAGGGCGCUUACGACAUCGCCAAAGCCAUAGACCCCCUGAUUUCCGACGAAAACACCACGACUGAAAUUAGGGACUUUUUCCUAAGACAACCAGCUAGCGUUUUGACGGAAGCUUUUAAUAUAAAUUCCGAAUCAGGUCCCGUAAUUGAAGUGGAACACGAAGAUGCGUAUAUCACUCAACUGAGUUACGAUCUUGUGAAAACUGGAAAAAUCAAUCGAGUCCCAUUGAUAAUAGGAACAACGUCUGACGAAUCAGUUACGGUUUUAGAAAUGAUUCCUGGAAUUCUUCCGCUUUUCGCUCUGGGUUGCGAUAUGAAUCCAAGAAUAGUAAUACCGUCAAACUUAACGCCUAAACCUGGUACGGAUUUGGAUCUACUUGCGAGUAAAAUUAAAACUACAUACGCUGGUAACGGGACAUUCGUGGCAAACACUUCAACGUUUAUUGAGUUUGCCAGUGAUUACUUGUUCACCAGAUCAACCAUCAAGCAGGUUGAGCUUCAAUCCCAAUACACCCCUGUGUAUUUCUAUGAAUUCUCUUAUUUCGGAGCAGUAAGCCACGGCACAGUAGAAGGUGUUGGUAGAGUAGGACAUGGCGAAGAUGUGUAUUAUCUUUUUAAUACCACUGGACAUGAAUUGACUACGAGCGGAGAAUUUGUAAUGAGGAGGCAGCUAGCUCGACUGUGGACCAAUUUCGCAAAGAUUUUGAACCCUACACCAGAUCCGGUGGAUCCGCUGCUUCUCAACGUAAGAUGGCCUCAAGCAUCCAGAUUCGAUAUCCCUUAUCUAGAUAUAGACGAGACAAUUCAAGUUAAAUACGGCAAGAAAAAGAAGGAAAUGCACAUGUGGAAUGAAGUAUUUUACGUUUAUGGAGAGCAACCUUUUGAUGGAUUUUAGUGGAAUGUUAUUCAGUUACUUAAUAUAAAUAUAUAGCAAUUGUAUUUUUUUUUACAUUCUACAGUAUAUACCACUGAAG